GGCCGGCUCAGAAACUUUCUCUCCGCCGGAGCUGAGAGAUAAGAGGGGCUAAGAGGGGUGCGCAAGGAUCUCGCCUGACGGUCGCGGAGCUCCAGUGCUAACAGCAGGGAGCCCAGCGGGGUUUGAACCCGGGGAGAGGAGAGGGGAGAGUGGCAGUCAGACAGCCAGCGAGCCUCCUCUCUCUCCUCGCUGCUCUCCAUUCACAGUGCAGGAGCGCUGGUCUCCGGGCUGGCCUCUAUGGCCUUUCUCACUGGGCUGUCAGAGAGGGGGGCAGGACCAGUCCCUGUGCUCUCAGCGCACUGAGCAGUAGCCGCUCUGCCAGUUUGAGCCUCUUGGAUCCGGACUCGGGACUUUAAAUGGACGAGCAUGUCAGUAUCAAGAGGAAGCUUCUCCACAGGCCCAUCUUCAGAUUGAGAUGUCUGGUAAAACAGCUGGAAAGGGGAGAAGUGAAUGUCCUGGACCUGAAGAAGAACAUUGAAUAUGCAGCCUCUGUGCUUGAAGCUGUGUACAUUGACGAGACCCGGCGACUCUUGGACACCGAGGAUGAGCUCAGCGACAUCCAGACAGACUCCGUGCCGAUGGAGGUCCGUGAUUGGCUGGCCUCCACCUUCACCAGAAAGAUGGGCGUGAUGCGGAGGCGGCCAGAGGAAAAGCCAAGGUUCCGGAGUAUUGUCCACGCAGUUCAGGCUGGCAUAUUUGUGGAGAGGAUGUACAGACGGACGUCAAAUAUGGCUGGGUUGACGUACCCUCCAACUGUGAUUACCACCCUCAAGGAUGUCGAUAAGUGGUCCUUUGAUGUUUUCGCACUCCAAGAAGCCAGCAGUGAGCACGCCCUGAAGUUCCUCGUCUAUGAGCUUCUCACCAGAUACGACCUGAUCAGUCGCUUCAGGAUCCCUGUCUCUUCGCUGGUUUCCUUCGUGGAGGCGCUGGAGGUGGGCUACAGCAAGCACAAGAACCCGUACCACAACCUGACCCAUGCUGCUGAUGUCACACAGACUGCACACUUUCUCAUGCUCCACACAGGCGUCAUGCAUUGGCUCACUGAACUGGAAAUCCUAGCCAUGGUGUUUGCAGCUGCAAUCCAUGACUUUGAGCACACUGGGACCACCAAUAACUUUCACAUCCAGACCAGGUCAGAAGUGGCUAUUCUUUACAAUGAUCGCUCCGUCCUGGAAAACCACCAUGUAAGUGCUGCCUACAGGCUUAUGCAAGAGGACGAGAUGAACAUCCUGGUUAACCUGUCGAAAGAUGACUGGCGAGAGCUGCGGUCCUUGGUCAUUGAGAUGGUCAUGAGCACGGACAUGUCCUGCCAUUUCCAGCAGAUCAAGACCAUGAGGAACAACCUUCAGCAACCGGAGGGAAUAGACAAGGCUAAAGCCCUAUCUCUGAUGCUGCAUGCAGCCGACAUCAGCCACCCCGCUAAGACCUGGCCUCUGCACUACCGCUGGACCCAAGCCCUGAUGGAGGAGUUCUUCCGACAGGGAGACAAGGAGGCCGAGCUGGGGUUACCAUUCUCCCCUCUCUGUGAUCGCAAGGCAACAAUGAUUGCACAGUCACAGAUAGGGUUUAUUGACUUCAUCGUUGAACCGACUUUCUCUGUUUUGAUCGACUCAACAGAGAAGAUUAUUACUCCUCUUAUAGAGGAAGCCUUAAAAUCAGGGGACAGAAGUGUAUUUCGAUCCAGCUUGGCUGGCAGUGGCUCAGGAACAGUAGUGGAGUCCGUACAGAGAUCGAACACUGAGCAGGGCGCUCCCACAGACUACUCCCUGUCCAGCAUCAACCUGAAACAAGUCCGCCACUCACUGGCCGAGGUCAUCCAACACAACAAAGAGCGCUGGAAGGAGCUAGCGGUCCAAGAGCUGGCGAGCAAACAGCUGGAGUCCUGUGCCCGGGAGGAGAAGGGGACAGACGCCAGGGCCGAAGAUCGCCCACUGAAAGGGGUCACGUUGACACGGACCAACUUUGAGGUGCAGAGCGAGUCAAAGUCCCUGAAUGAACUGAACAGCACCGGUUCCAAUAACUCUUCCCAGAAUUCCCUGUCCCCGUCUGCGGAGGAGGAGUGUGUCGGCUCAUCGCCGUCCAGCUCGGACGCACAGACACACAGCUCUGAGCAGCUACCAUGGAACGGAGAGAGACCAGAGCCAGGCCAGUAAGAGGAUGCUCAAAGCCCUUUAUUCCCACUGCCACAACUCUGCUUCCCAGAUAUGAUUCGUUUGUUUUGUAAAUUUCAGUUUAAUGCAUUAUUUAUUAAAGAUGGGGUUCUGCUCCCCUAUGCACCACA